CGUACGCACGACGUCACGGUACGGGAGCAUAAUUUAUAAAACUUGUCAAGAUGGCGGAACGUUCAUCUCGACGUCGAAAGAAGAAAGAGAAUGCUGAGUUGGAGAAACCUACUAAGGAGGAGACUGCUGUAGCCAGACAUCUGCGUUUCAAUCUACCAAUCAAAAAUACCUCCAUAGAUGGGCACAAAGUAGAGUACUUCACAGGAUCCAAGGCUGUAGACUUCCUUCUGGACUCUAAGUGGGCGACAGGAAAAGGGAAAAAAGAGGUGAUCUUCACUGACAGGGAAUCUGUUGCAAAUUACCUAGAUGGCUUGCUGUGGAAGGGGCUUUUCUACCGGGCCCUAAAGAUCGUGAAGAAAGGCAAGAAAGAAAAGGAAGAAAGUAAGAAAGAGAAGGAAGAAAGUAAGAAAGAGAAGAAGUCCAAGAAGGAAAAGAAGAAAACAGAGGCUGAACCUACAGAGAAGGGUGAUGACAAGGAGAAGGAAGAAACCAAAGGAGAUGGAGCUAAAGAUACAAAAGAUGCCGGGAAGGAAGAAACGCCUCCAAAGAAGAAGGAAGGAAAGAAGAAGAUCAAACUCGAACUGACCGAUGACCAGAAGUUUGUGGAUGGAAAUGAUGCCUUUGUCUGGGUAUAUGACCCUAUCCGCCCAAUGAACUAUGUUUACGGACUUGGACUAGUAAUCGGUGCUAUCGCAGUCUGUCUGUUUCCCCUGUGGCCCCCAUGGAUGCGAUCAGGCACAUACUAUCUCUGUCUUUGUGGAGCUGGAUUUGUAGGUGCUAUCUUUGCCCUGGCUAUCAUACGACUCAUCAUAUUCGUCCUCACGUGGGGCUCAACUUUUGGCAAAAUUCACUUCUGGCUUUUCCCGAACCUCUUGGCGGAUGUUGGAAUCAAAGAAUCAUUUAUGCCCUUUUAUGAAGUUGAUUAUAUGACUAAAAAGGAAGACGAUAAGACUGAAAAAUCCAAGGAAGAUUCAAAUGAUGAGCGAGGCAGCGAGGCAGCGGAAGUGGAAGACCAACCUAAGCAAGAAAUAUCUCAAGAUUUGGGUCCUGUUGAAAAUAUUCCAGAAAAUAUUGGUGAUACAGAAGAAAGGUGUUCGGAUCAAGCAGUAACUCCCCCUGAAAACUCUGACGUUACUGAAGAGAGAAGUGUAGAGAGUGGUGAUGCAAAUGAAGAUGAUGACAACGAUGAGGAGGAUGAUGACGACGACGACGAUGACAACGGCGAUGAUUUCGAAAUGAUCAAUGAGGAGGAAAUUUCUGAAGUGUGCGAUGGAAGCGGAGGUUCACAGAAUGAAGAAGAAGAGGAAUAACUAUAUAUUUUGAUGUAACCUUGAUGUAACCACAACAACCAUUCUAUCUUAAUGUUUGCCUUUAUUCGUGCCAUUAUGUAGGCCGUUUCCUUGAUAAAGCUUUUCAAAUAUUG